GGCAGUUGCUCAGAUCCGAGCUGAUACUGACAAAGUUUGCAGCAGGCCAUCCGAGUCCAACCCAAUGAUCGUCAUGAUGCCCACCACGGUGACCAUGACACCGACGUCCACAAACUCACCAGCACCACCCACGCCGACCACCGCCGAUGUUGAAGGAACCGCAGCAGCAGCAUCCGCUAUCAUCAAAGUACCGACCCAGGGCAUCAUCGACUUUGACUGCGGCAGGAUCUCCAUGAACCGCCAGGUCGUCACGCUGGGCACCGUCACCUGGGGCUUCGACGUGCAGUGCAUGAUGGACUACGUCGGUCCCGGGGUUGACCUCGCCGGCAUGACGGCCUACGCCUUCGGCGACUGCCUCCGGGCGUGCGCCAUGUUCAACAAGUUUGCCCGCAACAACACGUGCCUGGGCGUCUUCUUCAACGCCAACCUCACCACCAGCCUCCCCAUGCACAAUGCCAACUGCUUUCUCAAGUCGUAUCUGCCGCAGAUGUCGCCUGAGCGGGACCUAGCCGCUGCCGCGUCGUUGGGCUCGUCGCCGCAGUUUUGAUUUUCAGGUGAAGGUGAUGAGUUCGAGCAGUUGUCAGUGGAAACGGUGGCAGUGAGCGGUAUUCUCACACUCGAGUGAACAGAGGAGGAGGGAGGAUCCAUAAUCGAGAUUCAGUAAUCCGGGUUUGGGCUUGUCAGUUGCGUCGAGCAAUUCAGCAUCCGCGGUUGUCGUGAAAUGUGAGGAACAAGAAGUGAUCAGCAGACCAGUUUACAAUUUCACGCGAAAAUGAAGUAUCGCCCGAUCCGAGUUCUGUGAAUUUUUGUUCGGUUCGGGCAUCUGGUCUCUUAUCUUAUGUGGGCGUCAUAAGAUUGCCCUUGAUGGCAUGGAUUGUGUUAGCCUGAACCAGCCUUGUUUGAGCGUGUGAAGCUAGAAAUUCUG